UUUACUAGUGCUUUUUAUAUAGCAUGCUGUAAAACUAGGCAAAUAUCUAGAUGAGUUGAUGUACCCUGUGGAAGAUCUCUGCAUAUCCCUGGUUGAGAACCACUGAUUUAGAGGAACCAGACUAAGAUGCAAGCAACCACUGGGGGGUGUCAGAAGAAGGGAGAUCUGCCUGGUUACUGCCAGGGGCUGGUGUGCAUUAGGUAAGAUAGAUAGACUGUUUUUAAUCCUUUUAUGCAUUGUUCCUACUGCAAAGGAAACAAUCGUUUGGGUUUUAAGAAGGCUGUCUAGUCAUUACAUUCACCACUGGUUGCAGAUUCUUAAUGGGAAGAAUGGCAGCUGCUGAACCCAGUCAGACCUAUUAGGCAAGCACAAUUAAUAGACUUGGCCCUGGCCUUCAGUAUCCUGUGAAACAGUGAGGGUGUGAUGAAGUGGGGAACUUUAAUAUUUUGUAUAAAUACAGUGUGUGCCUCAGUUUCCCCUAUAUGCUGCAUUGUCACUUUGGGGUGGAAAAGAGCUGUUUUCUCUAGUGAGGCCCAGAGAUGCAGGCAUGAUGGAUGACUAGCUGUCUCGAGUUUGGGACCCAGGUCAAUGGAGAGUCUGUGAACACAAUGGCAAACCCAAUCUCUGGGACAUUUGCUACCUGUGUUUGACCAGCCAGGGCACAAAGGACUGAGGAGAGGCCAGGUGGGACUGGCACCAGGAACUUGAACAAAGAGGAGAGAGGGACAGAGCUGGAGCCAAGGGGGUCACACUGCUUGGCUGGGGCUCUGGGCUAACCAUAAUGGACCAUGCUGUAACUUUCUUUUCUCUGUGCUAACCAAGGCCUUCCUAUGUUGUGUUCCAAUUGAUAAUAUACCCAACUGUUUCUUAGCACUGUGUGAGUGUCACUGCAGAUGCUGGUGGGGCUGCAUUGCUCUCUAAGAUAGUGCAAGUCUGCCUUUAUGGGACUUGCUGACCGGAGCUCAUGGUGGGAAGCAGAGUGGCUGAAGGGCCAGAGAUGCAGCCUAAGGAGGUGGUGAUGUUGCGUGGCUAACCCUGGAGGAAGAGUGAGAGCUUCGGGGGUCUGGCUCACUGAAGGGGUCCUCCCAGACACCAUUCCAAAGCUGGGGCCAUAGCACUCAUCCUGGGGAUCCGUGACAGGGCAUUCUAAGGAGAGGUAAAGGCAGGAGGACUUAAGGGGUGCGCCAAGAUCCGAAAAGGGACAGAGGUACAACUGACCCUGUAACCAUGACAACUUGUUGGGUUUUUUUGAAGCAGCUGCAUGGCAGUUCCUUCACAGCUCCCUUCCCGCUCAGGAGUGACUCAAAGGGAAAAGCAGCCCUCAUGAUUCACAAGCAGCACUUACAGCACUUCUAGGUGCAGGCUUGAGUCCCAGAGAGCCACAACUGGUAGUUCAAGCGUAACCUUAGUUGCUGGAGCGUGUACCUGGCCAGUGGUUCUUCAAACACUUUCAAACUGAAGGUUGCUUCUUUAUCUGAGACCUUCUUGGAUGCUCCCCACUGCACUGUCCUGCACCUUCCCUACGCAACAGUAGCACCUGGGUCCAUGAAAAAGCUCUUUGUGCAGGAUGAGGAAAGGCCUAGUCCAGGCAAGCUGAAUAGGGUCAAAACUCACCCUGCCUGGUCUGUGACUUCAUUAACAAACAAAUCAACAAUAAGAAACAUCUAUCCCAAGCAUCUGCUUCUAGGGACCCGGCUCAGCCCAUGGCCUAGGACGGGUAGCCAACCUGAGUCUGGGAAGGAGCCAGAAUUUACCAAUAUACAUUGCCGAAGAGCCACAGUAAUAUGUCAGCAGCCCCCAUCAGUUCCCCUGCUCCCGCUCUCCCAGGGCCUCCCACCCACUGGCAAUCGGCGCCUCCCCCUCCCUCCCCUGGGAAUGUAAAAGACGUUAACUGAGUCCAGGACCCAAGGCAGACAGAGGAAUAGAAAGAACUCUGCUUGGAACCUUUGCCCACGGGACAUUUUCCCCCAUCCCUCAGAAUGCAGCUUUCGCUGAAGACUGCCAAGGCACAGCAGAAGCUUUUUAGGCGGCCAGGCUGCCUCUGAUUUCAGGAGCACAUGCUCAGGCUUGGAAGGAUUCAAUUUUUGUUAUCAGUAAAUGUUGGCAAACAUCGAUGUCACCGCACACCAACAAACCGGCAAACAAAUAUUUCCAGUGGUGAUAACAGAAAUUUACAGAUAGGCGAAGUAAGACAAAUGCUGCUUGGGAACUUCAGAGUCAGCUUGAAGAAUAUUUACUCUGUAUGUUCUGACAUAUGAUGCUGACAAUUUGUGCUUUGAUCGUUAUAAUGUUUUAACUUUUCGAAUAUCGGGGGCUACUGUCAUCAAAUAACAAUUGUCUGAUCCCCUCGACUUCGCACAACUGUGAAACUUUAAAUAGAUAGUAAAAAAAAAACCCCAAAAACCUUAAAAAUAAAUAUUGAUCCCACCCGUCAAACCUGUUAAAAAAGAAAUCAACUUCUGUCAAGCUGCUCAUGCUCCAUUGAGUACCUGCCAGCUGUGUCCCCUUCCUUUCGUCCAGACUGUGAGGUCACUGCAGAGUUCUGUGAUGAUACAGCAAAGAACCUUCUGAGCCACGCAGGGAACAAGGAGAAGCCAAGCUGGACUCAUGAAUCCUCAGAGCCCAGAGAGUGCUUCCCAAACCAAAGUCAGCUCCCCAUUUACGCUGCUUCCCCGAGCUGAUGCCAUUCGCUCCAAGCUGAUCUACACUUUCUACUUGAUCGACCACCUUCAGGGACUGAGCCAUGCCAUCCCACGGCACAAUAUCAAGGAUUUCCUUGACCCCAAGAAGCAGAGGAAGCUGAUGCUCACAGACCAUAACCAGCUGGUUCGUUUCAACAUCACCCCAGUCAGGAACACCAUCAUCACCCCGGAGAAACGCCUGCGUAACCGCGUCCAAGUGCGCUGCAGCCGCUGGCCUCCCCUGACCAUGUGGGCAUCCUGGGUCCUGAACAGUACCAUCUUCAAAAGCUUCAUCAUCUGUCUCAUCUUCCUGAACAUGCUGGUUCUUAUGAUCAAGAGCGAGGUGAUGAACAGGAUGGAUGUCAGCCUGGUGAACCUGAAGCUCGCCUUAGAAGUGACUGUCUGGGUCAUCCUCCUCAUUUUUAUCAUGGAGAUUUUGCUGAAUUGGAUUGUUAGUUUCAGAGGCUUCUGGAAAAGCAGCUGGAAUGUCUUCGACUUCAGCAUUACCAUAGUGUCCGUGAUCCCCGAGUUCCUGGACAUCGUUGGCGUAACCAACAAGAUAGCUGCCAUGAGUUUCAUCAGGGCCUUCCGCAUCCUCCGCACCUUAAAGCUCUUCUCCAAAUUCCGGCAAGUUCGGGUGAUCAUCCUGGCAAUAGCAAAGACCUUGAAGGCCAUGACCUUCAUCCUGCUGCUCUUGCUGGUUUUCUUCUAUGUGUUUGCUGUAUCUGGCAUCUUCUUCUUUGAGAGCUACAGUCGGUCAGACCGCACCGACCUGGAGUUCAGCAUGUAUUUCAGGGAUAUCCCCAACACCUUGGUGACACUGUUCAUCCUCUUCACCAUGGAUCACUGGUAUGCCCUGCUCCAGGACACCUGGAAGAUACCUGAGAUGAACAAGGUCAUCAGCAGCCUCUAUAUCAUCCUCUGGCUGCUGAUUGGAUCCUUCAUGUUCAGGAACAUCUUUGUGGCAAUUAUGGUGACUAAUUUCCAGAUGAUCCGGAGUGACCUGGCUGAAGAGGUGAAGCAGAUAGAGGCCCAGAAGAAAGCAGAUUUAUUUAAAACACAGAUUAUAGAGAGGAGACACAGCCAGCCCAUCUCAGCAGACAGCCCACAGAUGCCCUUGCAGGUCUCAGGCUUGGAGGUUUGCCCAGGAGCAGAGGCAGCCCCUAGUGCGCAGCAGCCGGAGUACAUGGUGGUAGCGAAGCAGAGUGUGAAGGACUUGGACUGGGAGACGUACAUCCACCAGAACCUGCAGAGCCUGGUGGAGGUCAAUGAGGAUGGGUGGGUGGUGUGGCCCAGCGACUCCCUCUUCCGCUACUUUGAACUGCUGGAGCAGCUGCAGCACAACCUCGAAGAGCGCAAGAGGCUGCAGCAUUAUGCAGUCAUGGCCUUAUUAAACAUGGAGGACAAGUAAGGAGCCAUGUCCAAGGGACUCCGUGCAGCAGGAGAGCCCUUCCCACAAGGGGAGAAGUCAGCACCACUAUGCUACAGAGAGAACUACAGAACUGCCAGCAGGAACAGCUGCCCCAACUCCUCUCUCCCCUGGAUUUCUGCAUUCCCCCUCCAAUCCCCACACCAAUCCUGUUGCAGGCUCAAGGCAGCUGGCCUUAGAGGCAGUGUUUAAGACCUGGGCUAGAUUAAAUAGAAAGUAGCUGACCUUUGUAUUCUUGGCAGCAUGGACUGAUUACACCGCUGAUUCAGCCUUCCUCCCCAGGGGUCAGCCCUCCAUUCCCUUCCCUUAGCUGUGGCUGCUCCCCCCAGCACAAGUGCCCCACAAGCCUGCCUCCCUUUUCCCUUGGGGUGAUGAAGGCUAACUGCACCAUGGUUGGCAUGCUGGAGCUGCCGACCUUCAACAAGGAUGCUGGGUCUGGGGCAACUCAAGAACCAGCCUCCAAGCUGCAGGCCUUGCCCAGCCUGUGCUACAUAGUAGUGCUUUGGGGAGGGUGGGGAAGUGCUUCCCCUCAGCUCUCUGCAGGAAGUGGCCAGCAGUGGCAGAUAGGGAAGGGAAGGGAAGGGAUGGCAGAGCCUAGAUUCUUUAUAGAUCCAGUUUACAGGAUUCUCAUCUGCUCUUGCCCACAGCAGCAGUUCCUUUGGGGUCCCCCAUUACUGGUGCCACCCCCAUCUGCUAGCAUCAGGAAAGCAAAGAGGCAUGGGCUAGAGGUCAGCACUGCUACUGUGGGAAGUGGGGCUCCGUUCCCAGUUCCUCCAGGACAGGCUGCAAGAUCACAGGGAAGUCUCUCCAUCCAUAGAACAGGGUUAAGGCCCAGCUCACAGGAACACAGAUUGAUUCUUCAGCCGGAGACCAGGCUUGUCUCAAACUCAACCCGGGCACUGCAUUCCCUGCAGCACCUGGGUUGUGACCCUGGGUACUGCCCAGUGGCUGCCUGGGGGAAGCAUCUCCUCCUCUGGGGGAUGAGCCAUUGUGCCCGAAGAGCAGUCCUCUGUCCU